UAACACUAAUGCCUAACUGAUAAACCACUUCAAGAUUCCAUGGGAUGAAACACAUCGUACGAAAAUGUGCCCACCAAUUUUUCUCGGCCAAUAUUGAUAAAGAGCGUCUUGUCCAUCCAUUUCAUAACCGAGAACAUAGAUCAAUCUGUAUGUAACUUAUAAGCAUAGAUCAGGUAAUACAAAUGAAGUCGAAGCUCAAAUCAAAUGGUAGAGACUGAUGGGGGCAUUUUCAAAAAUUGUAAUCGGGUCUGAUGGACAACCGGUUGGAUCUUGAAUGUAACAACCGUUUCAAAGCAAACACCAUGUCAGAUGUCACCAUCUCUCUUAACUUACGCCUCCCCUCAUCGCUUCUUGCUAAUUUAUGCCUUCUCACCCUUGCGUAUAAAGCCCUCUGUCAUUCCUCUCUCUCGCUCGCUCUCUCUGCCAAUUACCAGUGUCAGGUUUAUCAAAAUGAUGGUAAAGAUUAUGGGGGUACGAACAAGAAUGAUUCAGCUCCUACUUGUAUCAUUUAUUCUCUUGAGCUGUUUGGAAAAAGGGAGUGCAGGGGUCACUAGUUCUUUUGUUCGUUCUGAAUGGCCAUCCAUUGACAUCCCUCUUGACAAUAAAGUAUUUGCAGUUCCGAAGGGUUAUAAUGCGCCACAACAAGUGCACAUUACUCAAGGUGACUAUGAUGGAAAGGCUGUGAUAAUCUCAUGGGUUACAACUGAUGAACCUGGUCCAAAUAAAGUUCAAUAUGGCAAAUCAAAGAAGAAGUAUAGUUUUAGUGCUGAGGGAACAAUAACAAAUUAUACAUUUUACAAGUACAAAUCUGGCUACAUUCAUCACUGUCUUGUUGAUGACCUAGAGUAUGACACAAAGUACUAUUACAAGAUUGGGAAGGGUGAUUCUGCUCGAGAAUUUUGGUUUCAGACACCUCCAAAACUUGGUCCAGAUGCACCAUAUACCUUUGGAAUUAUUGGAGAUUUGGGCCAAACAUAUAAUUCUCUUUCCACUCUUAAACAUUACAUGCAAAGCGGAGGACAGACUGUCUUAUUUGUUGGAGAUCUCUCCUAUGCUGAUAGAUAUGAGUAUAAUGAUGUUGGUAUUAGGUGGGACUCAUGGGGCCGCUUUGUGGAGCAAAGUGUUGCAUAUCAGCCAUGGAUUUGGACAGUUGGGAAUCAUGAAAUUGAGUUCAUGCCUAAAAUGGGCGAACUUGAUCCUUUCAAAUCAUAUCUCUAUAGAUACACAACACCUUACAUGGCAUCCGGAAGCUCUAGUCCUCUUUGGUAUGCAAUUCGCCGUGCAUCUGCUCAUAUCAUUGUUCUGUGCAGUUAUUCUCCUUUUGUGAAGUACACACCUCAAUGGCACUGGCUGAGAGAUGAGCUAAAAAGAGUGGACAGAGAAAAAACACCAUGGCUUAUUGUUCUUAUGCAUACUCCAAUAUACAACAGUAAUGUAGCCCACUUCAUGGAAGGUGAAAGCAUGCGAUCUGUAUUUGAGAGCUGGUUUGUUGAUUAUAAAGUUGAUAUCAUCUUUGCUGGCCAUGUUCAUGCCUAUGAAAGAUCGUAUCGUAUCUCUAACAUAAACUAUAAUGUAUCAAGUGGAGACCGUUAUCCUAUACCAGACAAAUCAGCUCCUGUGUACAUUACUGUUGGAGAUGGUGGAAAUCAGGAAGGACUUGCUGGAAGGUUUAGGGACCCACAACCAGAUUAUUCUGCAUAUAGAGAAUCCAGUUACGGACAUUCCACGUUGGAGAUAAAGAACAGAACACAUGCAUUCUACCAUUGGAACCGCAACGAAGAUGGGAUAAAAGUGACAUCUGAUUCUGUUGUACUCCAUAAUCAGUACUGGGCAAGAAAUCUGCAGCAGAGGAAACUGAGGAACAAAUAUUUCAGGAAGACACUUGUUGACCGUGCAACUUACUGAUGGGAUUUUGGAGGUCGUUUUUUUAUUAACUGUAGUAAGCUACAACUUAGAAGGCGGGAAAGACAGUUGCUGGAAAUUGAGGAUCGAUGUCAGUUUCAUUCAUUCAUUCAUUCUAAAUUUUGCAGAAUCAAAUGUCUAUGUGUUUGCUCAGCUUCUAAUUUCUUCCAAUCAAGAAAAACUUCUCAACUUUCCUUGCAUGUGUGUUUGUGCAUGUGUGAAGGAGAGAUGUGAGGAUCGAUGUUUUAUUAAUCAUCUGUUAUUCUGCUUUAUGCUUAAAGUUACUUGAUUAUAUGAUCAACAAAUCAACAAUUGGUCUC